AUGAAAUUGUAUUGUCUGAGCAGUGAUGCGGCGAAACCAUGUUUUGUCCUGUCGUUCAAGGAGCUGCUUAUUAUGUUGGACUGUGGUCUAUCAGCUCACUCAGUGCUAAACUUCUUACCCCUGCCGCCAGUGCCUAGCACACGUCUCACCUCUCUACCUACAUAUACACCACCACACAUUAAUGAUCCUUUACUUGAAGGGGAGCUGAAAGAAUGCUGUGGUCGUGUCUUUGUAGAUAGUGUACCUGAGUUCUGUCCUCCGUUGGACAAAGUGGUAGACUUUUCACAACUUGAUGUCAUUCUAAUCUCCAACUAUACAUGUAUGAUGGCUUUGCCAUUCAUCACAGAAGAUACAGGAUUUAAAGGCCAGGUUUAUGCUACAGAGCCAACUUUGCAAAUAGGAAGAUUUUACUUGGAAGAGCUAUCUGAAUGGGUCUGUGCAGUGGGUGAAGGGGCUGGUGAAGCGCGUCGAUGGAAAGAAUUAGUGCACUUACUUCCUCCACCGCUUUCGCAGGCUGUAAGACCUAGGGCCUGGCGACGUCUGUUUUCUGCAGCCGCACUUGCUCGAUCAUUAGCACGAGUGCGCGUCGUCGGCUACGAUGAGCGGGUUGAUCUGUAUGGCGCUCUUGACGCCACGCCUGUCUCCUCUGGCUUUUGUCUUGGUUCAGCCAACUGGGUACUACGAUCGGCACACGAAAAGGUUGCUUAUGUUAGCGGAUCUAGCACGCUCACAACCCACCCGAGACCUAUUAAUCAGAGCGCCUUACGCGGUGCUGAUCUACUUAUUCUUGCCGCAUUGACACAAACGCCGGCACACAACCCAGACCAUAUGUUAGGUGAUUUAUGCGUACAUGCUACGUUAACUUUACGAGCGGGCGGUUGUGUGCUAUGCCCAGUAUAUCCGAGCGGUGUACUUUACGAUUUGUUGGAAUGCCUUUCGGCGCAUUUAGAGGGCGCUGGGUUGGCCCAAGUUCCGUUGUACGUCGUAUCACCCGUAGCCGAUUCUUCCCUAGCUUACAGCAAUAUCCUGGCAGAGUGGGUGUCUGCUGGUAAACAGGCCCGUGUUUUGCUGCCAGAAGAACCGUUCCCUCACGCAGCUUUGGGUCGAGCUGGGCGAUUGCGACAGGCUAGGGCUCUUCACGAGCUUCCUACUAGUGCUCCAGCAGAAUUUCGUCAACCCUGCGUCGUCUUCUGCGGUCACCCGAGUCUACGAUUCGGCGCUGCUGUGCACCUGUUAGAUCUUUGGGCCUCGAACCCAGCACAUGCAGUCAUUUUUACAGAGCCAGAUUUUCCGUACAUGGAAGCCCUCGCUCCAUUCCAGCCGCUCAGUAUGAAGGCAUUCCACUGUCCUAUUGACACAUCACUUAACUACUCGCAAGCGAACAAGCUGGUACGGGAACUACGCCCCCGUGAGCUAGCUCUUCCUGACCAAUACGCUCUUCCCGCCGGAACAGGGGCAGGAGCUGGAGUGGCAUCUCGGCCACACAUCAGCGUCGACGUACCCACGGUGAUCGUGAAGCGAGGUGCGGCACGGGCAGCUGGCGUGCGACGUCGUGCAGCUCGCGGUACAUUGUGUGGGGCACUAGCUGCAAGUGCUUUGCCCCGGGAAGUAGCUGGUGCGGCGGGCGGGCUUCGCGCGGCACCAUUAGCCGCAGAACUGCGAAUCCGUGAUGCUCGUCUCGAACUACUUCCACCACCUGCACCCGCGCGUGCUGCUAGAUUACAUUGGAGUGCACUUGAUGUAGAAGCCCUGGUCCGGGCAUUAGCUAGGGAAGGAGUUGGUUCAGCGCGUGUAGAAGCGAGCGAGGCAAGUGGGUCUGAUUCGAGUGGGGCGGGGGGAUGCAUAGUACAUCUACCACGACAUGAUACCCUUGUGCACGUGGAACGAAAUGCUACGCAUGUAUUCUGCGAGGGUCGCGCUGAAGUACGUCAGGCGUUGCGACGUGCUCUCGCCGCUUGCUUACCACACAUAUAG